AUGCUCACCAGCGUCGUUAUUUCCACCGCCCUGCUGGCAAUGUUCCAGCCAGUUAUGGCAUCAUGCGACUGCAGUCUCAGGGUCGAAAGUCACAUCAGCCCGGGAUUUUCGCUGGAUGUUGUGUCAACUCUGAUUAUCGGCUCUCAAGCUGCUGCGAUAGUUGACUUGCCCCUCGCCGUUUCUGCCGCCGAAGACCUGGCUGCUUGGGUCAAGAACACCACUGACAAGCCCCUACUGGCCGCCUUCACAACGCACAAUCAUCCUGAUCACUAUUUGAGCGGAAAGGCUUUUCUGCAACAUUUCCCCGACGCCAAGCACUACGCUACGCCUGAGACAGUGCAUGGAAUCCAGAACGAGGCUCUCAACAAGGCAAGCAUUCACGCGACAUGUCACAGGGGCGAUGAGAAGUGCCCUAUCGAGAUACUAAAGAACGUUGGUGGCGACACGAUCGACUUGUCUGCUUUCUGGAUUCCGUCGAGCAAGACGCUGAUCGCGGGUGACGUCGUCUACGGCCACCAAAUGCAUGCCUGGCUCGCCGACCUUCUCACACCUGCCCUGACGGAGUCUUGGCUCAAAACUCUCGACUUCAUCGCGGGCCUCGGACCUAAUCUCGUCAUACCCGGCCAUGCAUUGUCAGCCGAUACCUUCAGUGCUAUCGUGGACGUCAAUCACACGCAUGAAUACGUUUCGUUCUUCCAGAAGAACAUCGAAGCUAAGGGCGCCGACUUUUACACCCCACAGGAAAUUUCGAAAUUGAUCGACGAUGCUUUCCCUGGGUUAACGAACCUGACAUCAUCAACAACUUCAGCUACCCUUCUCAACAUAACCUCUGAGAACUUCGGCCGGGGCGGAGAAAGACAAGUGCAUUACUUCGACUUGACUAUUUAUAACGACACAGAAAUCCUGGAUGGGUGGCGCUUGUAA